GGCAUGCUAAGACUGACGGCUGGGCAGCAUCAACAUUCCACAGCAACUGCGGUGGGAGGGGACCUACAGUGACAAUCAUCAAAGUGAACGAUUACAUAUUUGCUGGUUCUUGUGCAGGUUAUUCCUACGCUAGUAAAGCUUUCAUCUUCUCUCUCUAUAACGUCAAAGGAUACAAUCCCGUAAAGCUCACUCAAUACCAAAAUCAGCAAUUUGCAAUGUACAGAUGUAAUACGCGUGGACCCACCUUUGGGGGUGGUCAUGAUAUCUACAUAUCCGACGGCUCUGGAAACAACCAAAACUCCUACACCAGAUGCGGUUACACAUACACGACACCCUCAGGGUACUCAACUGGUGACUGUGGUUUUUUUACAGGGGGAUCUCAUUUCUCUCCAACGGACGUCGAAGUAUUCUAUGAAGCAGGCCUCGGUUUGUCCGCCAUACUUCGAAGUCUUGAUUACAACCAGUACUUGAAGGUGCUGUUUUCGUAUUUGGACCCAGUCCUUAUCAAUAAAGAGCGUAGCAGGUUUGUGAGGUGUUGGCACGCAGAGACUGACGGUUGGGCAGCAUCGACAUUCCACAGUAACUGCGAUGGGAGGGGACCCACGGUGACUAUCAUCAAAGUUAACAGUUACAUCUUUGGUGGAUACACUGACGUGUCCUGGACCAGCAGUCCCUGUGCUUAUUCUUCAGCCAGCAAAGCUUUCGUUUUCUCUCUUUAUAACGACAAAGGAUACAAUCCUGUGAAGCUCACACAAAACCAAAACCAGCAAAACGCGAUGUACAGAUGUUACUCUUACGGACCCACGUUUGGUUCGGGACAUGAUAUCCACAUAUCAAAUGACGCAAAAAACAAUCAAAACUCUUAUACUGUAUGUGGCCACUCGUACUCUAACCCCACGGGUUAUUCAGGUACAUACUGUGGAUUUUUUACUGGAAGUCGUAAUUUUUCUCCAACUGAUAUUGAAGUUUUCUUCGAAAUAACAAACUAAACACUAAAAACUCUGCUGUCUAAGUAAGUAUUAAGUAAGUAUUGUAACAAUAGAGUUAAUAGAGUUAGUGCCUCCUCACACAAGGCCCGGUCAACAGAACUUGCUCUGUAUUCUCUCCGUGCUUUGUUGCUAAUUUUCGUAUUUAAAAAAGCACUCUGAUCGAAUAAAAAUUCAUAGUUUAUUGUACCAAUACACACAUAGUUUUAGUUACAAAAGCAACAGACUGCACUUUCUAUUCGUUUACUAGCGUAAUAAAAUACGCAGUAUGUUAGUAGUUCACUCAAAACCUUCGUAGAUUAUGAGCAGUAAUUUACAAGCUUUUCUCUUGUUCUUCUAACAUCCUUUUGUGGUUUGUUAAGCCAAUGAACUGAUAUAAAGAGAAUGUUAUAGUAAAAACACAGCGCAUUUAAGACUGGCAAGGUUUAGGGCGCCUCCAUUUAGUAAACUCUGCAAUUGGAACAUCAUGCUGUAAGUGAGAAAAUAUUAGGCUGUAGAGCAUUCGAAAUAAUAGAUCUUAGAAACACCCAAGUUGUGAGCCCUUUCCCUAUUGUGUAUGAGGAAUUUGUGGCGGGCACCGCCGUCGUGCGCUUUUAUUUGCGUGGCACAUACAUUUUAUCUUCGUCGCACGUGCAUUUCAUUUGCGUAGCACGUACAUUUCAUUGGCGUCGCACGUGCGUUUUCAGUUGCAUCGCACGUGUGACCAGGCUCUACUUAGUAAUACCCCUCUCCACCCAGGAGUAGAAAUGGCUACCUGUAAAAUGUAGGAGUCAAAGACGAAAGGUUUAGGGUUUACAUACAUCUGCCAUACAUUAACAUCCGGUCAGCGGUCAAGAGAGAGGAAGUAGUACCCCUGGUGCCGUCAUGUUAUUUACACCAGGACAUUUUGCUACAAGAUUGAACUUAACCGUUAAGGUUAAUAAUCAUAUCUACUCUUUUCAACACUGAACUUACGGUAAGUUCAGUGUUGUAGAUAUGAUAAUGUUACCAGUUAAGUAAUUAAGUUAGAUUAAUAUUAUGUGUGCAUCAUUUUAAACAUUAAUCAAUAAUUUUUGAGUGUUGUUAUAUAUUGUUGUAACUUGGGUGUUGCGCCGCGAGAUGGCGAAAGUUUUGCUUCACAGAAUUUAAAUGCUCGCUGUCAGUGAUACGUUUUUACAAGAAUUAUUGAAAGAAGAAAUUGCCUCUUUCCAUUGAAGACUACCACACAGACAUCAGUGCAAUAUGACGAGUAAUCACAGCCAAUAUUCUCUUACUAAUUCUGUCAUAAAGAACCAACAAUUCCUUUCCUUCUAAUCAGAGCUGAAAUUGAGCCGGCAGAAGAGAAUUUAAGAAUUAAGAACAGAAAUUAGCGAGUCAAAAUCCAAAUUGACGAACGCAAACGAAUUUAGUUGAUGCUGGAAAUCACUGAUCAGAUCCGCAAUUGAACCAAGAGAACAACAUUUUUAAAUUAUGAGAACACUUGUCUGUAAUCACCAGAUUGCAAAAUUUUAUUCCU